AUGGAUGAUGUAAAUGAAAAAGAACCUGAUUCUGGAGUUGAAACAAUUAUGGAUAAUGUGAAUGAAAAAGAAACUGAAACUAAAGUUGAAACAAUUAUGGAUGAUUCGAAUGAAAAAGAAACUGAAACUGGAGUUGAAACAAUUAUGGACGAUUUGAAUGAAAAAGAAACUGAAACUGGGGUUGAAACAAUUAUGGAUGAUGUGAAUAAAAAUGAAACUGGAGUUGAAACAAUUAUGGAUGAUGUGAAUGAAAAAGAAACUGAAACUGCAGUUGAAACAAUUAUGGAUGAUGAGAAUGAAAAAGAAACUGAAACUGAAGAUAAUAAAAGUGAAGACAAUGCAGAUUCACAAAACAAAGACAAUCUCAAAUGCAAAUGUGACUCUAUAGAGUUACUAGGGCGGAUCACCAAGAAGCCGGAGAAGCUAGACAAGAGUGAAAUAAACGAUAUCCGGUUAAACUUGUUCACCGAAAGGAAUUCAGAUGGAACUGGAUACCUCGUGCUUCGAGGUAAAGAUAUAGAAAAUAGGUACAAAAGAAGAAUUAUGGACUCUGAUAUUAGGGCCAUAUGUAAAUAUAUAAAACAAUCUCCAAGACGAAUUAUCAUGUUAGAUUUGAGCUAUAACCGAAUUACGGACAAAGGUUUCAUUAAAUUACUGAAAAAAAUACUUGUCAAAAGCAGAUCUAGCAUUAUAAACUUGAAUAUAAUGAACAACAGGCUGUCUGCUGAGUCCAUUUAUUAUUUAGCAAAUUAUGCUAAAUAUGUAAAAUUAAUUUAUUUAAGAUUGAAUGGAAAUAAGUUUGGAUCUAAAGGCGGUGAAUACUUCGCAAAAUUCUUGAUAAAUAAUAAAACAGUCGAGUACUGUGAUAUAGGUGAAACCAGUCAAACUUUAUCGAGUGUGGCGCAAGUUAUUUCAGCUUUGAGAAAAGGACAUGGAGAAAAUACAACACUAAGAGUAUUUGAUUUUAGUCGAAUCAUACCGAUGUUUAACAGAUACUCUUACGAAACAAAAUGGUUCGCGUAUCAUAUUGAAUAUCUCUUAGAAAAUAACUCAUCUAUAAUAGAAUUACAUUUACAGAAAAAUGAGUUUAUUAGCCACGAUGUAGAGUACUUUGUUCGAGGUUUGCGAAAGAAUAACACAUUGUUAUAUCUAGAUCUUGGUUUUAAUAAGAUUGGAGAUUAUGGAAUUGAAUUAAUAGCAAAAUAUUUAGCAGAAGGUCCACAAUUGGUACUGCUAAAUGUUGCAGGUAACAGUAUCAAUGAUUUGGGUGCUAGAGCCUUAAGUUUCGGUUUGCCAUUUUCCAAAAUCCGCGCUCUUGAUAUAUCUCACAACAGACUGACAGAUGCAGGGUUGCUAGACUUAUUAAAUACGGUGAAAAAACCUUACUUUCUACGGUUUUUAAAUAUUUGGGGUAAUAAAAUUGGUCCCCCAACUUGCGAAAUUAUUCAUAGAAUGCUUGAAAGUGGCGUUCUGUUCCAACAUACCAUGGAUGUAAAAUUAUAUGAAGUGGAUGAAGUUUUGUACGCAGCCUAUUAUCCGAAUCCUGCUAAUAGAAAUAAGCAUUUAUAUUAUAAUGAAAUGGAUUUCGGCGUGGCUCAACCAAUUUACCAUAUAACGAGAAAUGUAAUUGGGGAAAAGAAAAAAGUUAAAGUUGAUUGCAAGCAAAGGCAUAAACUGGAUAAGACCGAUAGAGAUAAUUUUUAA